AUGGAAAAUCCAUUAAGUUUAGCUGAAAAGACAUUUAUUCUUCAUGGUGUAGAUGCAGAUCUGAGGAUAGAUGGACGUCGUCAAUGUGAAUACCGGUCAAUUGAAAUUGAGACAAAAUUAAUGCCACAAACAAAUGGAUCAGCGCGGUUAAGAAUUGGGAAUACCGACGUCCUAGUAGGUGUCAAGGUUGAAGUGGAUACUCCAUUUCCCGAUAGACCUUAUGAGGGGAAGCUGGAUUCUGCUAACGCAACCCCGGAAUUUGAAGGUAAAGGCGGAGACGAUUUGGCUACAGAGAUCAGCAAUGUUCUUGCAAACGCUUACCAGUCACGAAAAACAUUUAAUCUUAAAUUUUUGUCAAUAUUACCCCACAAAAAAUGCUGGAAAAUGUAUGUUGACGUUUUGAUUUUACAGUGUGGUGGAAAUUUAUAUGACGCUAUUGGAGCUGCAGUGAAAGCUGCUUUAUUCAACACGGAGAUUCCAAGAGUGACGGCUGCAACAUUGGAUGGUGGAGAAGCUGACCUGCAAGUCUCUGAUGAUCCAUUUGACUGCGUCACUUUGAAUGUUGAAUCUUUCCCAGUACUCGUCACAUUAUGCAAAAUAGGUGAUAACUGUAUUGUAGAUCCGAUAGCUGAAGAAGAAGCUUGUGCAGCAGCUAGUGUAGUUUUAUCAGUAAUUCCUUCAGGAGAAAUCACGUCAGUUGUAAAAACAGGAUACGGAAGUCUUCAACCAGCUACGUUUAUAAAAACUCUGCAGAUUGGAAUUGCAGUAGGAAAAAAAUUAAAUGAAUCAUUAAUGGACGCUCUAAAAAAAGAAAAAUCACUUGGACCUAAAAGACCAAUCGUUAGUUUUCUACGUUAA